CUGAAGGUGGCGCCGGUCGACGCUAAACCUACUUCCGUCACCGUUUCUGUCAUAAAGUAAACAAGAUGGCGUCCGGCAGUGGGUCCAAUAAGAACGACUUCCGUCGGAAGUGGGACAAAGAUGAGUAUGAAAACCUGGCACAGAAACGAAUCGCUGAGGAGCGAGACAAGGAGAGGAGAGAUGGAAAAGUGGCUCCUCCCGUCAAGCGGGAACUCCUGCGUCACAGAGACUACAAAGUGGACCUGGAGUCCAAACUGGGGAAGACCAUCGUCAUCACCAAGACCACGCCUCAGGCGGAGAUGGGCGGUUAUUACUGUAACGUCUGUGACUGUGUCGUCAAAGACUCCAUCAACUUUCUGGAUCACAUCAACGGGAAGAAACACCAGAGGAACCUGGGCAUGUCGAUGCGUGUCGAGCGCUCGUCUCUCGAUCAGGUGAAGAAACGUUUCGAGGUGAACAAGAAGAAGCUGGAGGAGAAGCAGAAGGAGUACGACUUUGAGGAGCGGAUGAAGGAGCUGAGGGAGGAGGAGGAGAAAGCAAAGGCGUACAAGAAAGAGAAGCAGAAGGAGAGGAAGCGGCGGGCGGAGGACGAUGUGGACUUCGAGGUGGACGAGGACAUGGCGGCAGUGAUGGGUUUCUCUGGCUUCGGCUCGUCAAAGAAGAGUCACUGAUGCCUCGCUGUGAAACCUCAGGACACGACUGAAUUGUCUGUCAGGCUCCUUCAAACAUUCACAGCCACGCACUCUUAUUUUGGUAGUUCAAACCGUCCGUGUGUUGUGGCGACAUUUCCCACUGCAGCUUCCUGUCAGACACGUGUGUCAGCGGGCUGAAGAGUCGCCGAAGAAUGACGGACAGACGCGUGGAAUUGAGACCAAUAAAAAAAUCUGCAGUGUGGAAAAUAAUGGGAAAGGACACCAAACAUUGAAAACAGCUGCACCACUUUUAUUUCUGUCUCUGUUGUUAUUUGAUGAAUUUAUUUUAAUAAACUUUUUUUUGUU